UCCCGGCAGCUCCAGUGUCUCGGUGCUUGUGGAGAUGGACCAGCGCCUGGCUGAGCUGGUGGAGGAGCUCACCACCUCGGGGGAGCCGCGGCUGGAGCCUGGCAGGAUGAAGGAGCUGAAGAAGAUCUGCAAGUCGUCGGAGGAGCACAUCAGCCACGCCUACCACCUGCUGCUGACGCGGCUCCAAGAGGAGCACGCCGAGAUGCGCUUCUCCGCCUUCCAGGUGGUGCAGGAGCUCUUCUCCAGGUCACACCAGUUCAGGACGCUGCUCAUCUCCAACUUCCAGGAGUUCCUGGAGCUCACGGUGGGGAUAGACCACGAGCAGCCGCUUCCCCCGCCCAAGGAGGUGGCGCAGAAGCUGAGGAGAGCGGCCAUCAAGGCAGUGCAGGACUGGCACGAGAAAUACGGGGAGGCCUACAAGCAGCUUUCCCUGGGAUACCACUUCCUAAAGCGGAACAAGAAGGUGGAUUUUCAAGAUGUGCAUGCCAGAACUGUGGCUGAAAGGAGGAGGGAAGAGGAGAAGCAAAAACGACUGGAGAACAUUUACAAAGAAAAAGUCAAAAGAACUGAAAAAGAAAUGGAAGAAAUGUCUCAAGAGAUUGCUGAUACACUGACAGAGAUGGAAAACUGUUUCCAGCUUCUGAUGCCAGAUCCUUUCAAUUUUGGGAUGAACGACAUAGACCUGGACCUCAGCAAACAAACGUCUGCUAAUGAGGCUGGACCUGCCUCCCCCUUGUCCUCCCGGGGGGAAAUUAACCCAUCCUAUUUGGGGUACAUUGAUGAUGAGCAACCAUGCUGCAGCAAGGACAUUCUUCCUGUUUCUCAUUGUGUUACAACUGAUGGAAACAAAGAGGUCGAUGAGAAGCCUGAGCAAAACGAGCUGGAUGGAGGCACCUGCUUGGACAUUCAGCACAGUGGCCCUGCUCUCGAUGAUGAUGAGUACCAGACUUUUGUUAGGAACCAUGGGCUUAUUUCACAUAAAUAUACUCUAGACCUUGAAGUCUCCACAGAUAUAAAAGUGCAAGAGAAUGAAGAUAAUACUGCCAUCAUCAACAGUGUCAUGGAUGCUCACAAACUUCUCAGAAAUAAGUUCUGGCCUUCAGUGCAGUCCUGGAUUCAGCUACUUACGAGAGCAGGAAUCAAUGAUGAUCGGCUAAGAUGUGCCAUUGAACUCAAGAAUAAAUUGGAGACUGCUAUGAAGAAAUACAAGGAAAUGAACAUUUCCUUUAAAGCAAGAAAAAGAAAAGUGAUGAAAGCCUCGGAUGAUGACGAUGAUGAUGAGGAUGAAGAUGAAUUUGUGGAGGUCCCUGAGAAGGAAGGUUAUGAGCCCCACAUUCCAGACCACCUGCGAAAGGAAUAUGGGCUUGAGCCCCAGUCCCCUCCGAAAGCCCCGGUGGCGAAGGCAUCGACAGGAGCGGCUGUGCCGAGCUCCCGCACUCAGCUCAAAGGGAAUGAGGAUGAGCUCGACCCAACCUGUGCAGCUGCCACACUGAAACUUAUCAGAGACAAACUUCCAAAGUUGCCAUCUCCUCAUGCCAGUGAAUCUGCAACUUCUGAGACAGCAAACUUGGAAGAUCCUGACAGUAAAAGAAGAAAACUAGAAGAAAGAGCUAAAGCUCCCCUCAUGCCUUUUGGAUUAGAUCUUCACUACUGGGGAGAGGAUCAGCCAAGUGCUGGGAAGAUUCUCAAAUUUACAUCCGAGCAUCGAUUUUGGGCACCCAGUGAGGUAGAGGAGGAGGUGGAAAAUAAAGAAAUAACGGAAAUGUUAAAAACCAGGUAUAUAACAUUUGCUGGCAAGUUUGAGCCAGUAAAACAUAAAUGUCGAGCACCCAUGCCUGGUGGAACUCUCUGUGAAAGACAAGACCGGAUUAAGUGCCCUUUCCAUGGAAAGAUAAUUCCCCGGGAUGAUUCUGGGAUUCCUGUAAAUGCAGAGGACAGAGCCAGAGAAGAGAAGAUGAAGUUUGAGAAGCAAGCGGCCCAGCCAGAGUGGCGAGACCCAGAAUUCAUGAGAGAAGUUGAAGCUGCUACAGGACUGGAUCUUGGUUCCUCUAAAAGUAACGGGAAAGGACAGAAGAAGAAAGGGAAGAAGCAAAAAUAUCCAAAUCUGACAGACCUGAAGCAGCAGGCUAACACUUCUCGUUCCCGGCUUGAGAAGAAAGUCUUCAAUAAAGGUGCCAUGAAACGGGUCGUGAAAGCCAUGAACCGGGUGGACCAAAGGAAGCACGAGAAGUUUGCCAACCAGUUUAACUAUGCACUGAAUUAAAUUAUUAAUCACCUCUGCCCUUCUUUAUUACAAGAAUGCAACUGCAAAACCCUUAAUCAAAGAUAUUUGUAUUUAUACUACAGUACUUUGCUAGGCACAUUUUUUUACAAGUGUCAUUUUUAAAUUAUUUCCAAGUUUAACUUAUUUGAUAAUGAAUAUUAAUUUUGGAAAAGAUGUGAUGGUGUGGAAUUGAAUGCAUUUAGAAAGCUGAUAGUUAUUUGAAAUAUACAUGAAAUAGAUGUUAUAUGACCUGUAAUUUGGGUAAACUAUUCAGGUUUUGGGGCUUGGUUAUUUUCCUUCCUAAGGGACUCAUGCAAUUUAUACCUCCUUUGACAACACAUGUGUUUAAUUUUCCACUUUGAUGCCUUCAGGGAAAAAAAUACCUUAAAAACCAUUUGAUUGCUGCCAGGGAUGGCAAUGCAGAGAGCAUUCUCAGCCUACCUACUGUACAAAGUACAGCUGCAUAGCAGCUCCUGCAGCACCUCUACAAACACCUUGGUACACAGUAAAAAAAUCCAAAUCAGCUGGUACCUUCAGAUGAUAAAAGGAGUAGAGUUGAACUUCUGCAAAUUGAAUACCAGGAGCUAAGUCAGUCUUGGUAGCUGUGGCACAGAUGGAAAGGCUGAAAUGGCAAAGAUCAUCCUGGCUUGCUUCUUGUCUUUUCAAGAGUAUCUUUCAGAACUGCUCCUGGACAGCAUAUUGUGAAAAUCUGUGAAAGUCAUGUACACAGAAUGUGCUCCAGCUUAACUGCAGACAAAAAAAAAAGCUCUGGAAUGAGGUGAAAAUAAGAGGUCUUAAAAAAAAAAAUAAUUCAAGUUGCACACUGAACUAGUGGCACAAGUGAACUGUCUGGCUUGGAUCAGAUAAAAUUACAUCAGGCUAUAGGCCCAGAGUGUGUCUAAGGACUCAGAUAUAAACAUAAGCAUCUGGAAUCUUCUAACUCCAGAGAUUUAAUGUGCAGUUGGAUCCAGUGUGGGUUGUAGUUCUUGGCUGGGUACUUAAACAAAUCUCCCAAAUUUGUUUGCUGGCUAUAGUCAAGCUUAAGGAAAGAGAAUGAAGCAGUGACCAAUUCUGCUCUUGCACCAUUUCAUACAGCUUUUUGGGUAAAGAAAAAUCCAGAGAAUCAGGAGAGUGGUGUUUGAAAAAUCAAUUUCAAAGCGACCUGCAAAAAUCUCCAAUAAAAUACUCACUAUAAAGUAGAAUGGAUUCUCUAUAGCAUGAGCUUAGUUACUCACCUGUUGGAGGUGUUUCCUCACAUGUAAGAAGACUCUAAGAAUUAAAAAUUGGGAAAAUUUUAACAACUCUGUGUGGCUUCUGACCACUCAGACAAAAGCUAAUUUACAGUUCUGCCAAAUGCUGUCUGACUUAACAUAAAUACUGCAUGCAAUUAAUGCUGACUUUUGAUAAUUUAUCUUGCAAGACAUCUGUAAUUUGGAAGACAUAAUUUUGUUCUUCAACACAGGUUGAUAUACUUCUGAAAUACUGAAAAUAAAACAAUAAAGAGCCAGAAUUUCAAGAAUAUCUACUGACUGCACUGGAAGGUAAAGCCACUUCUACUAUCUGUCUUGCUAUGUGGCAGUGAAGAUUUCAGGUGAAAAUGUGGACAAGGACAAACCAAGUACAUCACCAAAUCAGUUGAAUCAACUGCUAAACUGAUUUCAUUUCUUACUAAGGAAAAAGUCACACACA